AUGGUAGGGGGUAAACGUCAGAGCUCAUCUAAGGGCAAGUCCAAGGGGCCUGAGAAGCCUUCCUUCAAAACGGCUAAGUUGAAUGCUAAGGGUGGCAAGGGCAGAUGGAAUAACCCCGCUAUCCGCGCGGCCAAACGUCGACAACAUGAACAGCAGUUGGCUAACUUACCUCCUGAGGAAGCUAAGGCGAGACGAACUUCCAUGACGGUCGAGCCGGGUAUGUCUGCUGUGGCUGAGCAUGCGUUGGAUUUGGGUCUAACGCGCUCUGAGGAAUUGCAGAAAUUGAUAGAUUGGCAAGCUGUUGAGGGAAAGAAGAAAUAUGAUGCUGUGGAAAGAGACCCUAGACACAGUGCGGCGCUUGAUGGGUCGAAGUGUUGCUGGGAAUUGCUGCCAAUGAAACAUCAUUACUGUCCGGGAGUAGCGGACAAAACUGGCAUAAUGAAAACGGCUCGAGAAACUAUUGAAGUGAAUUCCUUCCCGAAGGCGCUGGCCGGCUUGUGUAUGAAUGUGGAGGAGCAGGAGGAGGAAGAGGGAGGACAAGUUGCACUGCCGUGUGUGCUUCGAUAUUACAACGAUCCUGUAGUAGUCGCCAUGCGGGAUGAACGCAAGAGGGCGAGCGAAAAGAACAGGGAAGAUUACGUUGGUGUUGAAGAUGAAAAUGAAGGUGAAGAGGAGGAGGAGUUCUUUGAAGCUGCGGCCAAUGAAGAAAUGGGCGAUGAUAUGCCGGAGGAUGAGGAAGAGUCAGAAGAUGAGGCUCUGGCUGCGGCGCUUGCUGAGGAGGAGGAUGAAAGUGAGGAGGAAGAUAUGGGCGACUUUGAUGAAGAUGAUGAGGCCGCUUUCGCUGCUAUGGAUGGUAUUGGCGCCGACGAGGAAGAGGCAGAGAAGGAGGAGGAGGAGAAGGUUGUUGAUUCCCCCUCAUUUAAGAAGUCGAAGAACCCUCGCAAGCGUCUCCGCGAGCUCAUGGCUGGCGGUACAUUUGUGUCGGCUGAUGAGGUCGCCGACCUCAUUGCUGCGGACAGCAAGAAAAGUCGUCAUCGCCGAUAGUCGCUACUUCGUCAAACGU